CAGCAUGUCACAGUCACAGGAGAGCAGAGGCUUCAAACAGCUCAUGCCCGGCGAUGAAUCAGGUGGACUCUACAUCCUGAUGCUGGUGUCCUUCUUCCCGCUGUACUACUGGUGCUUUACAGACGAAAGUACUGAGGAUGAGUUUGAAAUAUCCUUUGUUUGCCAUCGGCCUGAUGAUCUGGAAAUACUACAGGAAGAGACUGAAUUCAGCAAGAAAGAGCUGCAGUUCCUCUACAGGGCCUUCAAAAAUGAAUGUCCCAGUGGAGUGGUGACUGAGGACGUGUUUAAACUCAUUUACUCUCAGUUCUUCCCACAGGGAGAUUCAAGCAUUUAUGCACAUUACCUCUUUGAGGCAUUUGACACUAACAUGAAUGGCUGUUUGAGUUUUAAGGAGUUUGUUGCUGGUCUGUCACUCAUCCUUAGAGGCUCAAUAUAUGACCGGCUAAAUUGGGCAUUUAAUUUCUAUGAUCUUGAUAAAGAUGGAUUCAUCACAAGAGAGGAGAUGAUGAAGAUCAUGGAGUCGAUUUAUAAUUUGAUGGGGAAGUAUGUGUAUCCCUCCAUACAUAAUGAUACUCCCAGAGAACAUGUGGAAAACUUCUUUCAGAAAAUGGACAGAAACCGUGAUGGAGUGAUCACCAUUGAGGAGUUCAUGGAGUCAUGUCAAAAGGAUGCAAAUAUCAUGCGGUCAAUGCGGCUGUUUGACAGCGUCUUUUAGGAGUUUCUGCCCGGCUGUGGAUUUCAGCUCAUUCUUCUCUCUCCAUCAGGAGAUUUCUCCAUCAAGAAUCUUACGGUUUUCACACUGUACUUGUGUGGGGUUUGCCUUUUGCUCUAAUCAUAGAAGGCCUUUAGGGAAGCACACAUCUGAUAGGGAAAAGCUUUUUAGCUCUUUCUGGAAACAUCAGUAUGCAAAAAAGUAUGUUUCGUUUUUAACCAUACUGUUUAUUGUAUUUAUUUUUUAUUAACUUUUAUUGUGUUAACUCUGAUUUUAUCUCUUGUUCUUUUACUGAUGAUAAGUGCACUACAGUAAGAAUGUGAGGGUUAAUUUUGUGUUACAAAUGGUAUGUUUCAAUUUGAAAAAGGGAGGAAAUGCAUGUUUUAAACCAGCGGUCAUUAAAGCAGAACAGAUGCACAGACAAGAGUGUAUUUUGUUGAGCUGGAAAUAAACAUGUACCACAAGAAGCAUGUUAUUUAGCUUACCUGAAAACAACAAGAAAAACAAUGUAGUAUGCUGUG